CAGGAGAAACUAUGACUCGCCGGCAGCCGAUCUGAGCGGACGUGCCUGUCUGUACUCCGCUGCUUGCGCCCUGCCUCCUUGACCGGCGUUGCCGGUAUCUCUUUCGCCUCGCCGGCACGACAUUCUUGAACCAAACGUGCAAUGAAAAGGGAAGUGGUGUCCCGUACAGCGUGACUCCCACCGCCUUUCGGCCGGUGUCGUUCGGGCGGGAUGCCCAGUCACUGGUGGUCCUGCCCGGAGCUCCGCGUUGAAAACCCCUCGCGUGAUCACAUCCGAAAACACAUCAGGUCGGGAGUUUGACUGUGGCGGUACAUCUGUCAAAAGCUAACGCAGGUGUCCUAAGGCUAGCUCAGCGAGGACAGAAAAACCUCUAGAGUAAAAGAGCAAAAGCUGGCUUGACCCGGGCGUUCAGUACGCGCACGGGCAGAAUUCGCAGACGUUUGAUUGUUCACCAACUAACAGGGAAUGUGAGCUGGGUUUAGACCGCCGUGAGACAGGUUAAUUUUACCCUACUGGUGACGAGUAGUUGCGACAGAAUUCCUGCUCAGUACGAGAGGAACCGCAGGUCGGACAUUUGGUUACGCAGUCGGCAGAGCGGCUGGUGCUGCGAAACUGCCGUCUGUUGGAGUAUGCCUGAACGCCUGUAAGGCAAAAUCUGUUCUAGACCGUUAAGCGACAAUAUUUCUCAGGACUCCUCGAGUCGAACAAGGAUCAAUUACGCAUUGUAGCUUGCCAACCCGGCCUCUGUCUCUUUCCACUCACUAUAUAUUGAAAUCUUUUCACCAAAGAUGUUUCCACCAAUAUCCGAUGAUCCGCUCCGUCGGAAGAAUCGAAAAGACCGGUCGCUUGUGGCUGUAUCGAUUAUGCAUGCAAAGUCGAAUGAGAUGCUCGAGGAUGUUAGAUCAAUAUGGCGGAUCGUAACGAGAAAGCGCUUCUUGAACUCUCUAAAAAGCCUGGAAAUAAUGUUUGCGCCGAUUGUGGUGCUAAAAAUCCCGAAUGGGCGUCCUAUAACAUUGGGAUUUUUGUCUGCACCCGUUGUGCUGGAAUACAUAGGGGUUUAGGAGCUCAUAUCUCAAAAAUAAAGCAUUUAAAGCUGGAUCGAUGGGAAGACAGCCAAGUGGAACGCAUGAAAGAAGUAGGUAAUAAUGCAGCUCGCAUGAAGUAUGAAGAACGUGUACCUCCAUGUUACCGGCGUCCUGUAGCUGAUGAUCCACAAAUUCUCAUUGAGCAGUGGAUAAGGGCCAAGUAUCAACGUGAAGAAUUCUGUCAUCCUGAACGUCAAGGUUACGUUCAAGGAUAUAUGGAAGGCUUCUUAAUGAAGCGUGGAAAGGAAGACAGUAGAUACCACCCUCGAAAAUUUAUUUUGUCAGAAUCUGAAGAUACUUUGAAGUAUCAUGUAAAAGAGAAGAAAGAUCCUAAAGCUGUGAUACGUUUGUCUGAACUUAAUGUUGCAUUUUCACCAGAAAAAAUUGGUCACACAAAUUCUCUUCAAUUGUCUUAUUUGAAAGAUGGGACGACACGACAUAUUUAUGUUUAUCAUGAUGACCCAGCAUCAAUUGUGAACUGGUAUAUGGCUAUUCGUUGUGCUAAAUUGCACAGGUUACAAGUAGCGUAUCCAGGGGCUAAUGAAUCUGAGUUGGUAGGCCACCUUACAAGAGAUUUUGCAAGAGAAGGUUGGUUAUGGAAAACUGGUCCUAGAAGUUCAGAUGCAUACAAAAAACGGUGGUUCACUUUGGAUAAUAGAAAGCUUAUGUAUCAUGAUGAUCCUUUGGAUGCUCAUCCAAAAGGUGAAAUUUUCUUGGGUCACAUGUUAGAUGGCUACAGUGUACGUGUUGGAGUCCCUCCUGGGGCUAAGGAUAUGGGUUUUUCCUUUACUUUACGAACUCCAGAGCGAUCGUAUCACUUAUCUGCUCACACUGAUGAUGAUAGAGAUGAGUGGAUGCAAGCCAUUGACAGUGUUUUGGAAAGACCUUUGACACCUCAGGAUAGUUCAAGAAUUCUCGAGCUGAAAGUUGCCCCCAGAGAUCUUCAGUAAUGUGAGUCUGCAUCUUGUAUUUAAUAUCUGGAUAUGAUUCUCUUGAGGAGCAUUCUGUUGGAGCUGUGCUUGAGCAGUUUAUCUUCACCUGUUAUAUACUUCUGUAAAAAUGUUUGUGUUAUGGUAGUUAUAUAUUUUUGGAAGAAAAAAAAUUGUGCCAUAUUUGUGUUUAGCAUGUAAGGUAGCUUUAUGUAGUGUCAUAAAAAAUAUCAUUUGUAAGGUUUUUUAUUAUUUUUAUUGUGAAAGAAGAAUGAAGGACCAUUUUCAAUUUAUAAAGCACAUGACUUUGUAUCUUAAUACAAAUUGUUGGUAUUGUUUAUCUUUCAUGCAAUUCUUACCAGUGUCUUUUUCUUGGAGUAAUUAUCUUUUCAAAGUAUUUAUAUUUGGUCACUUAUAUAUUUGAUAAUUUUAUUUUUUUGUGAGCUAUAACAUUUAGCAUUCUCUGUGUGAACUCUUUUGAGUAUUUUAUUUGAGGGAUCUGAUACAUUUUAUAGGGUACCCAGAUAGUUGGUGACUAUGGUAUUUCAAUAGUUUUCUACUGUAUGUUAUAAUGUGUAAAGUUUUUUUUUUUUUCUUUUUUGUCACUUCCACAAACCUCAUUUACAACUGCUGUCAAGUAAGGCAUAGUACUUACAUUGGUUUGCAAACAUUGUAUUUGUUCAUGUACUUGAACUUAAUGUAAAGGGUUAAUUUAUAUUUCGUACAGAUAUUCUGCAAGUAUGUUUGUGAGGAGUAUUUCAAAUAUUGAACUGAAAGUGCAUAUCAAAAUACAUGAUUAAGGAAAAUAAAGAUUCUAAAUUGAACCAAUUUAGUUGAGAUCUGAAGUAUGGGUUGUUAGUUGAUAUUGUAGCUUAAUAUCAGAAUUGCACCUCAUACAAAACCAGUACAUGAAUGAAUUAUUUUGUUUCAUUAUGGCUUGUAAAUGCCUCUGCAAACAAUUUUGCAGCAAAUUUGGAUCAACUGUGAGAUUACCUCAAUAUUUUAUUAUAGUAAAGUACAACUUUUAGUGCAGUCAUGAAAAAGGAAGAGCAGUGAACUGUUCAGAGUAUUUAAUGAUUCAAUGUAAAAUUUUUUUGUCAGUGAUUAUUCAUACUUUUAUUAUUUUUAUAAAAUAUACAUAUAUAUAUGCUGCAUUACUUCCAUGCUUAAUAUUUUAC